GGGGAGUGGGAGUUUAAUCCAAAUUUGAAUUACAAUUUGAAUCGCCUCAUAAGAGUCUGCCCGGUGUGUUGCUUAGAUUCUUUGAGACUCUCGCUGGUUUCCAUCGGUCUUUUCUGUAUUAUCAAUCACCAUCAAACAUUUGUUGACAUCUUAGGUACAUCAUGGCCAUCGGAAAACUUCCAAGCAUGCUUUGCCUCGACGAAUAUCCGCUGAUGAAGACCUACAGGAACCGUAGGUUGCCUGUAACCAUCCUUCUUGCCUCUGUACUGGUUUUUAGCGGCUUGAUCAUUUUCAAUGUGAUCACCCAAGGGAAGUCCGACAAGUACCGAACAUUCAUAUCAUUAAAGUUUCUGAACAAGCAAUCGCGAUUACACGGCAAGAGUACAUCAGGAGUCAUCUACCGCUGCGAGGCAGCCACGGAGAUCUCCUCGGGCUUUCAGAUCUCAGUCAUGGGUAUCGGGGAGGGAAUGGCUGUCGAGAAAGUCUUCUCGACCACUGCGGGCAACUCGUUGGGAGCAUUUGGGAUCUGCUUUUCUGUGAUGGUUGCGAUAGCACGUCGAUUAGAUAAUCUUCCAAAAGCACGGCCGGGAGCCAAUCGUCGAUCAGACAGUUCUGAAACACUUGACUUGGAAGAAGGUGAAGAUCAUCCACUGGGAAAAGCUUCCGAAUAAAAAUCUCUAUUGUUUCCUGGUCAGACUGAGAUUGGAUACAUUACAGUUACCACCAGUAAAUUUGGCUUGAUGAGUAUGUCAGAAACAGACUUAAAAAAACUUUCGUUCAUCCCUGCAUUGUUGUGGGGAACAAUAAAAAUC